CGGCACUUUCCAGCACGCUUAUCUCGAAAUCAUGUCCGCCAUCACCCAAGCCUCCGCGCAAGUCGCGAAGACCGUCGCCGUCACCACCGGCAAGGUCGCCAACGCCAAGUCCAUGAUGAUCUGGCGCCCGCACGGCAACAAGAUGUUCGAGACCUUCUCCUUCUUGCCGCCGCUCUCCGACGCUGAAAUCUCCAAGCAAGUGCAAUACUUGUUGAACAACGGCUGGACCCCGUGCAUCGAGUUCGAAGACUCCGCGCACGCGUACACCGACGGCCACGGCUGGGCGAACAUGGACACCUCCAUCAACGCCGGUUACUACGACAACCGUUACUGGGUUAUGUGGAAGCUCCCCAUGUACGGCUGCCAAAACCCGGAUGAAGUCAUUGCGGAAAUCAACACCUGCAUCAAGUGCUUCCCGGAUUGCUACGUCCGCGUCGCUGGCUUCGACAACAUCAAGCAAGUGCAAUGCUCCGCGUUCUUGGCUCACCGCCCGGCGUCCGAAGCUGCGUGCGCCGUUGACCAGCGCCAAGUCCAAGGGUAAACGUCUCGACGUUUCCUGCGAACGCCCGCGCGCGUCUGUAGACGCGCGCUGCCGCGGACUCACGCUCGUGUAGAGAUGUAGUCCUAUUGAAUUACAUACGAAGACUUCACGUCACUUCACGCGUUAACGCUUCGCCCUCGCCCUCGCGCGUCGCGCAUCUCCGGACGCUCUCUCUCCCUCUCGCGCGGACCGACCGCCGCGCAGCACACCCGGUCGUAACCGUUCCAUUUGACCGUUCCAAUCCCUUCUCGAACGCGCGCGAAGAUUUUCCGAGAUCGAGGACUCGCCGCGGUUCGCGACUCAAGAAAUCUAGAUCACGCCGUGAGAUCUUCGCCCGCCGUCGUUUCCGCCACACGUUUCCGCGCCGCCGGGCGAAAAUGAGGCUUUAGGGUUUACGCGCGUCGUAUGGGCAAACAGUUCGCGAGCACUCUGCGUAGGCCCCCUGAAGGGGGCUUUUUCCUCUAUUUUCUUACA